CGGAAAUUCAUUAGAGCAGGGCAGCUAACCAACAUCUGUGCUAACCAGUGCAUCCAGGCAUAAACGAUCCUUUUUCCCCACUCUGCAGCACCAGAAGUUUUUGAAGUCUUUGCCCGAAAAGUAAACAACCAAAAUGGCCGUCGGGAGAGUUGCUGGCACGGGAAAUAUUGGGUACUCAUCGAACUACCGGACUGGAGGACGAUCCUACCAUGGUGGAAUAAAUGAAGAAAUCAUAUGGAUUAGUAUCGGGAUGGCGGUCACCAUCGCGAUACUAAUCACCUUAGCGUUAAUCUAUCUGGCCUACGAAAAAUGCCAAAAGCGUCGUCAGCGCUAUAUACAAGCGUGAAACAUCUGUGAACCCAUUCAAAUCAUCGACAUGAACCGCAUGAUGUAACGAACAGAACUAACCAUCAGUACACGCAGAAAGACCCCCAGCUUAGACAGGGGGUAUGAUGCAGGAAAACCACACAAACGAAGAUGAACACAUACACACACACACACAUAGCAAUUCUCUACCCCACUAAUGGACCAAACUAAUUAAAAGAUUGCCUCUUUAGGGAAGCACUUAAAUAAAGACAUAAGUAUAAGGUGACAAAUUUAAAAGCCAAAAAACAACAAUGUAGCUAUAAACCCCCCGGGCGGGAAUGAUUAAAUCAAACGAAAUCUAAUACCAACCACUUUUUAAAUGCUGUAUACAUCAUACAUUUAUAUACUCAACAAAUAGGAUUUAUUCGGUGAACUCAACCCCACGAUGUAGUAGCAGAAUACAUAUAAUGGUACGUGUGUGCGUGGCAGUAGAGGCUACUGCAUAGCAGGGUAAAGGACAUUUUUGGUUUGGCACGGGAUAUGUACUCCCUGCUUAUUGUUACGGACAUGUACAUUUAUACGCGUUGUAUCGAAAAACCAGAGCCUAACGGAAACAAAUUCGUUAUGCGUAGGCAGUGUCAGCGGCGGCUACAAUUCGCAGCGUUAUUAAUGCCAGAUUUACACAACUUUUACCGGUGGAACAAAAUCAAAGAGUUUAUUUAUACCUUUUGUCAUCGUUUCUCGGUAGCGCACGGACAUUUUGAGCCUCUAGGAAAACUAAUCUACUACCCACUAACUGUUAUUGCAUGUUUGAGCCCUGUUUUAGGAGUACACAACAACCAGAAAAAAACGUAGUUCAAACCACACUCUAUCUGUCCAGUGUAUUUCACCCCAAAACUGUUGUUAAAGUGCACUCACGUUGCAAUAUUGCGUAUAAAACAUUGAUAACCAAAGUACAGUACAGGUACAAAAAAACCUGCCUCCUAAUCGUUCAACAAAAAUUACGUUAGUCUUGCACUAAAAAUCAAACCAAAAACUAGCAAAACUGGUACUGAAUUGAAUAGACACCAAAAAAUUGUAUUUCUCUCACGAGACGAUGUCCUGUGAGCCCCCAAAUACUGAUCCCAGCUGUUCACUUUCGAUGUGGAGCAAUUUUAGAUGCAAUGUGCUUUCUUUUAUAACAAUAUUAAAUAACCUGAACAAAGAUGGCAGCCCAAUGUUUCAACAAUACAGGAAAAGAAAGGAAAAAUAAAGCGAUCGUA